CUUGCUUGAUUGCGGGACGAUGUACUCCGAGUAGUGCGUCGAUUAUCACAGAAGGUAGACCCGGUUAAAAAUUGUUCUGAUAUUAAUUCGUAAUUACUGGUAAAAAGAGCUGUGAUCAUUUCUUAACGAUGACUCUUAUGCCGAGGGAAUCAGCGAAGCUGAUAGCGAGGAUGUCAAAGAAUGUUUUUAUCGAAGAUGAAGGCAUCAAAAACCUUGCCUGCACGAUUCUAGAAGGACUUAAGAACAACAAAAUAACUGUGAAUAAUUUUUCUCAAUAUGAGUUCCAUCCUUCUAUGGAUGAUCCAAGAGCUGUCGAUUGGAUAUUUGUUCUGGACACAUUGAAUUACUCCUUUUGGAGCGAAAAAGACUCUUCAAAAUGGUGGACUGUUAAUGGUCAGAGCGGAUAUUUUGCAUUGUGUACUGCUAUUAAAAGGGCCAUAGAUGAGGGGAUACCUAUAAUCGACCCCAAGUAUUAUUCUCGCAUAACAAGGUCCGAGGCCGAGCAAAUAUUUCGGGGCGAUAAUCAAACUAGUUGUAUACCGCUUUUGGAUGAAAGAUUAAAGUCGUUGAGAGAUGCUGGAAAGAUUUUAUUAGCAAAAUACCAAGGUACUUUUACGGAAUGUGUCAAAUCGUGUUCGUGUUCAGCCGAACAGUUGAUGAAACUCGUUGUGAAUGAGUUUGAGUCUUAUCAGGAUGAGGCGGAUUAUGAGGGUCACCGAGUUAGCUUUUAUAAAAGAGCUCAAAUACUGGUGGGUGACAUUUGGGCUUGCUUCAAAGGCACGGGGAUGGGCGAGUUCCAUGAUAUAGAUUACAUCACGAUGUUUGCCGAUUAUCGAAUUCCUCAGAUUCUUGUGUACUUUGGUGCGAUACGUUACAGCAACCCGCUAAUGAGCAGGUUGCAGUGUGAUGUAGAAUUAGAAAAUGGCGGAGACGAUGAAAUAGAGAUUCGUGGUUGCUCAAUAGAGGCUAUCGAGAGGGUGAAGGACGAAAUUAGAGCUUUGAUCGAGCGUUACCCUAAUCUAGAAAUGAAAAAGUCCGAUGUUAACGCGAUAUUGAUAGACCACUUUUUAUGGGACUAUAGGCGAGAACACGCUAUCGAGGUGGAACAUAUACCGUUCCACAAAACCAGGUGCAUAUACUACUGAGAUUCUUGUGUUCCUGUAAAGACAGCUCAAUCGACUGCGAUCUAUAUCGAUGCACGGAUGAUGAUUUUUCAUAAGCUUACACGUUUACAGUAUACUCACGUCUUUAAGCCUAGGAGAAGAUAUAUUUUUAUGGUUGAACAAUACUCAAACGCAAUACGAUCUAGCGAUGUAUUCCGAAAUGUUCGAAUAAAACUCGACAAUUUUACAAA